AAGCGCACACAUCUUCAGCACAAGCAGGACAAGGAGUGUCAAAAGCGCACGAUUUUUCUAUAACUGCCCAUUCGCUUGCGUCAGUAUUCGAUGAGCGACUGAAUAGAAAGGAAAGCACCUCCUAUCUUUGGCAUCAAGGGGUUUAAAUCAGAAAAACAGAGAGAAAGAGAGAGCUGCAGUGAAAAGGGGAGGACCUGGCUACAUCAACACAUCACGUAUUAUUGUCAAAUGUUAUUGCUAUAGAAGAACUCUAGCGCCAAUGUAUUUACUUGAAUGCGGGCAUAUUUAAAUCCGCAUCAUCACAACGGAUCUGGGAAAGUAAACUUGAGGAAACAGAUAACAACCCCCCCCCCCAACAUGCCGGAGCAGAGUAAUGACUACCGUGUUGUGGUGUUUGGGGCUGGCGGUGUGGGCAAGAGCUCCUUGGUCCUUCGCUUUGUCAAGGGAACCUUCCGGGACACCUACAUCCCCACCGUGGAGGACACCUACCGCCAGGUGAUCAGCUGUGACAAGAGUGUGUGCACCCUCCAGAUCACCGACACCACGGGCAGCCACCAGUUCCCCGCCAUGCAGCGCCUGUCCAUCUCCAAGGGCCACGCCUUCAUCCUGGUCUACUCCGUCACCAGCCGCCAGUCUCUGGAGGAGCUCAAGCCCAUCUACCAGCAGGUGCUGGCCAUCAAGGGCAGCGUGGACGCCAUCCCCGUCAUGCUGGUGGGCAACAAGAGCGACGAGACCCAGCGUGAAGUGGAGACCAAGGAGGGUGAGGCGCAAGCGACAGCAUGGAAGUGUGCCUUCAUGGAAACCUCGGCCAAGAUGAACUGCAACGUCAAGGAACUCUUCCAGGAGCUGCUCACACUGGAGAAGAAGAGGAACAUGAGUCUGAGCGUCGACGGCAAGCGCUCCGGCAAGCAGAAGCAUGCCGACAAGCUUAAGGGCAAGUGCAGCAUCAUGUAGGGAGGGAGAGAUGAUGCCUGACCACUAGGAGGAAAGACAGAGGUUGGGGAGGGUAGCAGUGGUGGUGGUGGUGGAAAGGGUGUGCGUUCUUGAAAAGACUCACUUCGAGGAAUGGAGGGAAGGUUGGGGUAGGGGUGGGGGUCGUCUGAGAGGGAUUUUGUUAUCCCGAAAGAGGCAACCCCCCCCCCCCCCCCUUACUUUAUACCACUGCCCCAUCUCCACCUUUCCCCCACUCUGCUCAUACCAUUAACCAGGAAUUGCCCCUAGGGCACAGUCAACCCGUCUGUCUCACUGGUUUUGAUUUGGAGGUUUGCCUCUCCAUCAAAAAAUGUAUGCCACUGAAGGCCCGAAUAGAAAAGUUUGGGACACAAGAGUCAAGUUCUAAGAGAAGGUCAAAUAUUGAUGCAUCUCUGCUGUGAUAGGAAAAAGGAAAGAAUAUGGAACCCUGAGAAUUCAUAUCCUGUUCAGGGUAUAAUGACAAAAAGGGGGAACUCCCGACACAGUGCCCAUUUCAAUAUUAUUCACUCCACGUACACCCUCUUUUCCCUAUAGCUGUCUGUCUCCUGCUAAUAUGAGAUAGCCACUUGACUCUUAUGAUUGUGAAAGGGAAUAGGGUUGAUUUGCGGGAGAUGAGAGUGUAUCAAGUUUAAUGUGAAAGUAAUGGAAACAUGACUUUCGUCAAUUCAAGUCCAUUUCCAUAAGCACAAGUUGGACUUUCGCCCUUCAGUCUCUCUGUAUCUACCUGGUAAUUGGAUAGGAGUUGAGAAUUAGACAUUGUCAUCAAUAAAAGGGCUCUAUUCAAUCUGUAUAGCGGAAGUUCAGCGUUACAGCAUCAUUUAAAUGUAGAGGCAAUGUUCUUGCGUUAGAGGAGACUGCAUUCACGGUAAACGCUGCAUACAGUAGUGCAUUCGGAAAGUAUUCAGAACCCUUGACUUUUCCCACAUUUUUUUAACGUUACAACCUUAUUUUAAAAUGGAUGGAA